ACUCACCAGGACCACUUUGACGGCCGCUGUGAGAGCUUAGAAAAAUAAUAAUAAUUAAAAGUCCAGGAACUUGUUAAGAGUGCCUCUGCUGAGAAACCACAAUGCGUGAAUGCAUCUCUGUCCACGUGGGCCAGGCAGGUGUCCAGAUGGGAAACACUUGCUGGGAGCUCUACUGUCUGGAGCAUGGCAUCCAGCCGGAUGGCCAGAUGCCGAGCAACAAACCCAUAGGCGGCCAUGAUGACUCCUUUACCACUUUCUUUAGUGAGACUGGGGCUGGAAAAUAUGUCCCUAGAGCUAUCUUUGUAGAUCUGGAGCCCACUGUCAUUGAUGAGGUGAGAACAGGGUCGUACCGCCAGCUCUUUCAUCCUGAACAGCUGAUCUCAGGAAAGGAGGAUGCAGCUAACAACUAUGCCCGAGGGCACUAUACCAUCGGCAGAGAGAUAAUUGACUCGGUCCUGGACAGAAUUCGGAAACUGUCUGAUCAGUGCACUGGCCUGCAAGGUUUCUUGGUCUUCCACUCCUUUGGUGGAGGCACUGGUUCUGGUUUUACCUCCCUGCUGAUGGAGAGACUCUCUGUUGAUUAUGGCAAAAAGUCUAAGCUUGAGUUUGCGAUCUAUCCAGCCCCUCAAGUUUCCACAGCAGUUGUGGAGCCUUACAACUCCAUCCUGACCACCCACACCACCUUGGAGCACUCUGACUGUGCCUUCAUGGUGGACAAUGAGGCCAUCUACGACAUCUGUCGUAGGAACCUCGACAUCGAGCGUCCAUCUUAUACCAAUCUCAAUCGYCUUAUCAGCCAGAUAGUCUCAUCCAUCACAGCUUCACUUCGCUUUGAUGGAGCUCUGAAUGUUGACCUGACAGAGUUCCAGACCAACUUGGURCCCUACCCUCGUAUCCAUUUCCCUCUGGCCACCUAUGCCCCRGUCAUCUCUGCUGAGAAAGCCUACCACGAGCAGCUGUCUGUGGCUGAAAUCACCAAUGCCUGCUUUGAACCAGCCAAUCAGAUGGUGAAGUGUGAUCCACGUCAUGGUAAAUACAUGGCCUGCUGUUUGCUGUAUCGUGGCGACGUUGUGCCCAAAGAUGUCAACACUGCAAUUGCAGCCAUCAAGACCAAGCGCACCAUCCAGUUUGUGGACUGGUGCCCCACAGGCUUCAAGGUGGGCAUCAACUACCAACCUCCAACUGUGGUUCCUGGAGGAGACCUGGCCAAGGUGCAGAGAGCUGUGUGCAUGCUGAGCAACACCACAGCCAUUGCUGAGGCCUGGGCUCGUCUCGACCACAAGUUUGAUCUGAUGUACGCCAAGAGAGCCUUUGUCCACUGGUAUGUUGGAGAGGGAAUGGAGGAAGGAGAGUUCUCAGAGGCCAGAGAAGAUAUGGCUGCUCUGGAGAAGGAUUAUGAAGAAGUUGGCACUGACAGCAUGGGAGAGGAUGAUGAAGAAGGAGAGGAAUAUUAAGGGGUCCAACAUUAGCACUCAUUCCACGCAUUGCUCUUAACAUAGCACAUUUCCAGCAACAUUCAUGAAAUAAAAUGUGUGACUGUGACCUGUCACUGUCAUUAAUAAAGGUCUAAGGAAUGUUUCAAAUGAA